ACCCCCGCCCUUACCGCUACAGCAGCCGCCGCAGCUGGGGUCUCCACCUCCACUCCAGUGCGAAGUCGCAGCGCCCCGGGCGCGCGAGCAUUUACUGAAGGCGCGCACAUGGCGACCCAGACGCACUCCCUCAGCUACGCGGGCUGCAACUUCUUGCGCCAGCGUCUGGUCUUGUCCACUCUGAGCGGGCGCCCAGUCAAAAUCCGAAAAAUUCGGGCCAGAGACGACAACCCGGGCCUCCGAGAUUUUGAAGCCAGCUUCAUAAGGCUAUUGGACAAAAUAACUAAUGGUUCUCGAAUUGAAAUAAACCAAACAGGAACGACUUUAUAUUAUCAGCCUGGUCUUCUGUAUGGUGGAUCUGUGGAACAUGACUGUAGUAUCCUUCGCAGUAUUGGAUAUUACCUGGAGAGUCUUCUUUGUCUGGCUCCAUUUAUGAAGUACCCAUUAAAAAUAGUCCUACGAGGAGUGACCAAUGACCAGGUUGACCCUUCGGUUGAUGUUCUUAAGGCAACAGCCCUUCCUCUUUUGAAACAGUUUGGGAUUGACGGUGAAUCCUUUGAGCUAAAGAUUGUGCGACGGGGAAUGCCUCCUGGGGGAGGAGGUGAGGUGUUCUUCUCAUGUCCUGUAAGAAAGUUCCUGAAGCCUGUUCAACUCACAGAUCCAGGAAAAAUCAAACGAAUCAGAGGAAUGGCGUAUUCUGUACGUGUGUCACCUCAGAUGGCAAACCGGAUUGUGGAUUCUGCAAGGAGCAUCCUUAACAAGUUUAUACCUGAUAUCUAUAUUUACACAGACCACAUGAAAGGAGUCAACUCUGGGAAGUCUCCAGGCUUUGGGUUAUCCCUGGUUGCUGAGACCACUAAUGGCACUUUCCUCAGUGCUGAACUGGCUUCCAACCCUCAGGGCCAAGGAGCAGCAGUGCUUCCAGAGGACCUUGGCAGGAACUGUGCUAAGCUGCUGCUUGAAGAAAUCUAUAGGGGUGGAUGUGUGGACUCGACCAAUCAAAGCCUGGCUCUAUUGCUCAUGACCCUUGGACAGCAGGAUGUUUCCAAAGUCCUUCUAGGACCACUCUCUCCCUACACGAUAGAAUUUUUGCGGCAUUUGAAGAGCUUUUUCCAGAUUAUGUUUAAAAUUGAAACCAAGCCAUGCGGUGAAGAACUCAAGGGUGGGGAUAAAGUGUUGCUGACUUGUGUUGGCAUUGGCUUCUCCAACCUUAGCAAGACCCUCAAGUGAUACUGUCACAAUAUAAGAUCUCAGUGCCUACAAACAAAGCAGAAACUGCCAAGGAUUCCAAAAGGAUCAAGUCCAAAUUCAUCCAGGACAGGAUAGUCUCAUAUGAAGGAUUUUAUCAAUUUCCCAAUUAGAAAAUAUUCAGAACAUCCAAAUAAAAGGUAUUUCUAUAUCAUGUGGUUUCCAACCAUUUCUCCAAUGGCAUUGAUGUUCCUUACGAGGCCCAGUCAUCAUGAGAACUUCUUGCCUUACCUGGACAGAAUGGGCCUUCAGGGCAUAGUUGAGCUGCUAGAACAACAUCACAGCCACAUUUUAACAAUGCUCCCUUAGUCCACAAUUCCAGUGCUUCUAUUGUGUGGUUGUUUUCCAGAACUGUGGGGAACUGAUCAAUGUUUCUUUUUGUAAGAACUACCCUCUUUGCAGCGCAAUUUCUAUGUAAAUAUUAAGUGAGAUAAUAUGAUUGGAUUGUCAUUGUUGGAAAUUGAUGUGUUAGACUGUCUGUCCCUUGUUUUUGUAUAGAAUGCUACUCAGAGAAAAUUACUGCUCUCCAUCUGGCUCAUUAUAUGUAUAUGUGGAGGGUAGGGGUUCAACUAAAGUUAAUGUUUAUUUUUUGUAUUCCAAGUGUGCUAUAUAUUUUCUCAUUCUAGUCUUAACAGUAGCCCAAUGGUGUAGAUUUAUCUGUGCAAAAAAAAUUCAAAAUGGCU